AUGUCGAGCAUCACUCACUCGAACCCGGCUCUCCACCGCCGCUCGUCCCAGUCGCCCACCCGCGCUGCCCACCACGGACACCACCUCCCGAGCCGCCUCCGCUCAAGCUUCGACGACAAGCCCGACCACCCGAGCCCACCGCUCGUCGAGUCGCCCCAGAGCACCGACACCGUCGUCCCAGGAGCUGGCUGCGCACAAGACGCCCCCGAGCCGCCCGCCCAAGACUCGUCGUCGUCCCCCGCACCUGCGUUGCAUGACGUCGCAGAGGAGCACGCCGACAACUGGUUGCCAGACCCGCAGGUCGUCGAGCGGCCUGCAGCAGAGCAGCGCAACUCGUCGCAGAAGCUCGCCGCCGUCCGGGCCGCCCUCGCCGCGGCCAACAUCAUCUCGGUCCACCAGGACACGGACUGGGAGACGCGCCCGCCCGGCAUCGACCCACGCCGUGUCGACAUCCCCGACCUCAAAGGCCGCGUCGUCAUCCAGGUCGCCGACUAUGCCGCACACCGCGCAGAGUUCUCCGUCUUGACCAACGACACCCUGCCCGACUUUCUCGCCCAGCCGAGGCCCGAGUUUGCCAAGGUCCGCUGGAUGCACGUCAACGGCCUGUCGUGGGACGUCCUCAAGCCGCUCGCCCUCCACUACGACCUGCACCCGCUGUCGCUCGAGGACAUCCUGCACUCGAGCUCGAGCUCGUCGACGCGGUCCAAGAUCGACUACUUCCGCCAGCACCUGUUCUGCAGCGUCAUCGUGCACCGCACGCUCGAGCAGGGCACCGCUAAGGACGUCGAGCUUCCCGAGGACCCGACGAGCGUGAGCCGCAGCACGACCAAGGCGCUCGGCAAGGGCAAGGCAGCGAGCAAGGACCGCGGCGGCGUGCGCGCGUUCGGGUUCCACCACCACCGCCGCGACGAGGAGGCCAUCGUCGACUCGGUCGUGCCGCCGUCGCUCGUGCCCUCGUCGCAGACGUCGCUCGGCGGGCACUCGCUCGUCCCGAGCCAGGACGGCAGCGGCAUCGCGACCCCGCUCGCCGUGCACGCCAAGAGCUACUCGCAGUACCGCCGCAACCUGCGCGAGGCGUUCAAGGGCGUCAAGCGCGACAAGGAGGGCGAGAGCCCGAGGACGCUCAGCCACAACCGCACGGGCCUCUCGACCCGGUUGAGGGGCGGCAAGCGCUCGAGGCAGAGCAAGAAGGAGGAGGAGCGUGCGGCGGCGAGGUGGACGGUCGCGGCGCUCACCAAGGACGUCAAGGUGCACAUUCACGUCGAGCAGCUGUCGUGCUUCCUCCUGCGCGACGGCACGGUCCUCUCGGUCUCGCAGGACCAAGGGUACCACCACCAGAUCUCGAACCUGUUUGAGCGCAUCAACAUGCGCGACGACAUCCUGCGCGAGUCCGAGGACGCGAGCUUUGUCCUCCAGGCCCUGCUCGACGUCACGGCCGACGACGCGCUCGAGAUUGUCGACGAGUUCCGCGAGCAGUUGACGACGCUCGAGAGCCGCGUCUUGUCGAGGCCCGACAUGGACGACGUCCGGCACCUCCACAUCCUCUCGUCGCAGCUCAUCCUCCUCAAGUCGACCCUCACGCCUCUCCAGCUCCUCCUCCAGGCCCUGCGCUCGCAGGACGACGCCAAGGCGGCCGCCGCGGCCAAGAUUGACCCGUCGCCCGCGCCGACGCGCUCGGCGAGCCCGACGGGCGAGCGCGCCAACAACGUGCGCGUCCAGCGCCGCGGGUUCGUCAGCCACGAGGCGAGGCUGUACCUGUCGGACGUCAUGGACCACAUGGACAGCACGUUGAGCUCGCUCGACUUGUUCAGCGACCUUGCAGAGAACCUUAUCGCCUUCACCUUUAACAACCUCUCGUACUCGUCCAACGCCUACAUGCAGGCCCUGUCGGUCGUCAGCAUCGUGUUCAUCCCGGCCACCUUCCUCUCCUCCUUCUACGGCAUGAACUUUUCGACCGGCGCGUUCGUCGACGAGCUCGACCUCGGCGUGCACCGCUUCUGGUCCAUCGCCAUCCCCGUCUCGGUCGCGACGACGGUCCUGUUUGGGUGGGGCUACCUCGCCGAGAUCAUCAACCGCUUUGGGCGCGACAUCUUGCGCAUGAAGCACCGCAUCCAAAUCGCGAGCCGGCGGUCCGACAGCAAGGACAAGGCGCAGUGAGCGCGCUCUCUCGCGCUGGCGACGGUCGACCGGUUCGACCCCGCAUGGGCCUCCAGGUCGAGUGGGAAUGUGGCCCGCGUCAUGCUUCCUGCCUCGCUCUUCCUCUCUCUCUCUCGCAUGCGCCCUUGUACGCGCUGUUGUUGUACUGUAACUACCACCUCGAGUUGCACGCG